GGGCCGCGAUCACAACCGCCCGCGGGGUGCCUGCGGCGGGGGCCAGGCCCGGCGCUCACCGCCCACCGGCGGGGCGGGCACCCAGGGCGGCCCGGGAGGCGCCGCUGCCUCGGCCCCGCCCGCUGAGGGGAUCCCGGGCGGCGGCAGCGGGAGCGCGGCGGCAGGCAGACAGGCAGACAAGUAGCGGCGCUCGUCAGCUCGGCUCCCGCCCUGCCCAGGCGGCUCCCGGCCCCGCCAUGAAGCUCGUCAUCCUGGAGACGUACGCGCAGGCCAGCGAGUGGGCCGCCAAGUACAUCCGCAACCGCAUCGUCCACUUCGGGCCCGGCCCCGGGCGCUUCUUCACGCUGGGGCUGCCCACAGGCAGCACGCCGCUGGGCUGCUACAAGAAGCUGGUGGAGUACUGCCGGAAUGGGGACCUCUCCUUCAAGUACGUGAAAACCUUCAACAUGGACGAGUACGUGGGUCUCCCGAGGGAUCACCCUGAAAGUUACCAUUCCUUCAUGUGGAAUAACUUCUUCAAGCACAUUGACAUCUCAGCAGAAAACGUUCACAUUUUGGAUGGAAACGCACCUGAUCUGCAGGCAGAGUGCGACGCAUUUGAGGAUAAAAUCAAAGCAGCUGGAGGAAUUGAACUCUUUGUUGGAGGUAUUGGCCCAGACGGUCACAUUGCCUUCAACGAGCCUGGAUCAAGUUUGGUAUCCAGGACACGAGUGAAGACCUUGGCUAUGGACACUAUAUUGGCUAAUGCCAGGUUCUUUGAUGGCGACCUCUCCAAAGUCCCCACCAUGGCUUUGACGGUCGGAGUAGGCACUGUCAUGGAUGCCAGAGAGGUGAUGAUCCUUAUCACGGGAGCCCACAAAGCCUUUGCUUUGUACAAAGCCAUUGAGGAAGGCGUCAACCACAUGUGGACAGUCUCUGCUUUCCAGCAGCACCCCAACACUGUGUUUGUGUGCGAUGAGGACGCCACGCUGGAACUCAAAGUUAAGACGGUGAAAUAUUUUAAAGGUUUAAUGCUGGUUCACAACAAGCUUGUGGAACCCUUAUACAGCAUGAAGGAGACGGAAGCAGAAAGAAGCCAGUCUAAGAAGCCGUACAGCGAUUAAUCUCUCACCAUUCAGAGCAAUGCCGAACUGGCUUUUCUGUUGGAAACCAGCUGUGAAGAAAGGGAAUUGCUGCAGAAACUCAUCUCAUAAUUGUUCUUAAAUUAGCAAAAUGAUUAUGUGCUUGCUUCUCUCCAUUAAAGACAGAUGUAACACCUGCCUUAAUUAACCAGAUGAGGAUGGGAUCCUGUAUACUGUGUUCCACUAGCUUAUUCUCUGAAGGUAAAGUCAAUGGAGAGCAAGUUGUUUAAUCUACAAAGCAACUGUAACGAUGUGGACUGAAGACACCAAAAUGUAAAUGUGAAGAUCUGGGAAAGUCCAAUGCUGCAGAAACCAAAUGGGUAAUCACUUUGGGCUGUAUUCCUUGCAAUUACGACAAGUACCUUUUUGUGUCACUCCCCCUCCACAACACAGUCUGACAUUAAAGACAUUUUUAAAAGAGAACUGAGGUGGUUCAGCCCAGAGAAGGGAGAGCUUCAGCACGACCUAAUGGCAGCGUGCUUCACAGCUCCAAGGAGGCUGUAAGGAAGACGAAGCCAGGCUGUCCUGUGCACUCCGCGGUGGAGGAUAAGAGACAACAGGGGCUUGAGUUGAGACAAGAUGCUCCGACUGGAUGUAAGGAAAAACCAGCCUGUGGGGAUGGUCAAGGAGGAUGGCAGGUUGCCCAGAGAGGUGGCGCAGUCUCUCUCCGUACGAGGUUUGCAAGGCCUGACUGGGUGAAGCCCAGGCUGAACCCUGCUUUGAGCCAGAUGUUGGACUUGAGCCCACUUCUGCAAAGGAGAGGUUCCAGGCAGCAUUCACCAGCACAGUAUUCAUAACCUGUACGAUUUUAUUUGUUGUCACACAAGAAGCCUUACACAUUCAGUUUCAGAGUAUAAUUUUCUAUGCCCUGGUGCUUUAUCAUGUACUACAGAGGGUGGAUUUGUUCAGAUGAUUAAGCAGAAAUGACUUCUCACAGUGCUGCUCAGGCCUCUGUUGUUUGUGUCAGGGAAGAGCCUGAAGCAGUAAAUUCUCUCUCCCCCCUCCCAGUGCUUUACAUUGCUACAAGGAAAUGCCAAAUAUACCUCAGAGGAAACACUGUUCCCUCUGGCUGCAGCCUAUCUUUAAUUACAGAAGCCCCGCAUCGGCAUGACCCCACCAAAUCUGAAAUUUGAUUCCUGGGUUUUCCAUCAAAUGCUAUCACAUGAGAGGCGAGACCAACCAGGGAGCGUUUUAUUUUCUUUAUGCAGAAAUUUUGUAAGCUGUUGAUCUGUAAUGUAACUUUCUCCAGUAAAUGUCUUAAUUUUUUCUAAA